AUGGGAGCCGCAGCGUGCUGGCUUCGCUGUGGUGUCCAUUCCAUGGGAGUCUACGCGGCCUCGGGCGCUGCCCGAUUUGGGCAUGAUGCGGGACUGGAUUUAAGCAGCGGCCUCGUCGUACUUCCGCCGACCUUCCACAGGCCUCCCGCCGCGGAAGAGAUGGCAACUCCCUCGACCCUCGACGGCAAAAGGCCCCUCUCUGGAAUGCCUCACGUGCAACCAGUCGCAGGGCUUCUCCACGACGACGCACGGGGGUCUGGCGAGGGGCCAGCAGGCGGGCCCGUUGCAGCCGAGAUGCGGAGGGCCCCCCCCGCGCCGGCCGGGCGCGCGCUCCGCGCGGCGCGGCGCCGCAGCCGAGAGGGGCUGUACCUCUGCAGCGGCCAACGGGAGCGCCCGCGCUCGCGCUCAACGCCGAGGCCCCGCGGGCCCGGCGUCUCACGAGAGGACGGAGCUGGAAGAGCGGUGCCCGUGCGCGCGGGAGCAUGGCUGGGCCGUUUCGGCCACCGGUUCUGCUGCGUGCGCGGCGAAAAUGGGCAGAUCACUUAG